AUGGAUAAGAUCAAAUGUGAAAAAUUCAAGAAUUGCGUCACAGAUCUUUUGGAUUUUACAGAAGUAUCGUCAGCAAAGAAGUCAGAUAACAACAUUUUCACUUUGGAAAUAAUUCGAGUGGAGUUAGACUCAUUAUGGGACCAAGUCAAGAAGGCAUAUUUCGAGUGUCGUGAUCAUGUACCACAGGAAGGAGAAAUCACAAUCGACAAGACAAAACUCAGGACUCGUUACAGAGAAGCCAUGGAAGGUUAUAAAACUUCUUUAAGUUCAUUAAACGAGGAAAUUCAGACAAUCAAGGAUAAACAAAUGGAAGAUAAAACAAAAAAGGAGUCAGGAAUAUCACCUGAAUUUACAUAUCACGGCGGGGGAGGCAUGUACAUGAAUGUACCCAAAAUUAAAAAAAAUACGCUUUCAUUCUUCCUGUCAUCGUACGUGGCCCCAUUGACGUUAAUAUGUUUCCUGUAUAUGGGCAUGCUGGCACGUUUAUGGAAGAGUGCGCCCGGCUGCAAACCCUCGGCUGAGUCACGGAAAGGAAAAAGACGUGUCACACGCAUGGUCGUAGUGGUUGUCUUGGCCUUUGCCAUUUGCUGGCUACCAAUACAUGUUAUUUUGGUGCUGAAGGCCUUCAACCUUUAUGGGACGUCGCAUGCAACCGUAAUCAUACAGAUUAUCGCACAUGUCUUGGCCUAUACAAAUUCAUGUAUUAACCCCAUACUGUAUGCCUUUUUGUCGGACAAUUUCCGAAAGGCUUUUAGAAAGAUUGUUUGGUGCGGCAGUCCACCACCCAUUGUUACAAAUCAGCAAAUAACAAAAACAACGCGCACAGCAACCGGAAAUGGUACUUCCAACAUCGAUAUGCUGUAGAUGCAGACAACAACA